AUACUCGAUGGAAAUUGAAGCAGGCACAUCAAAGGAGCAAGAUGCAAAUGAUACAGACGCAAAUUCGUCUCAAGCAAUUGAACAAAAAAUUAUUGGCUUAGCUCAAUCAAGGCCAAAAGGAAUAUCUGACAAAGAUUUAACAGCUGAAAUGCCAGACUUACAACCUGCUCAAAAAGCCCAAAUUAUAAAUAAACUUUUGUCUCAGGGUUAUUUUGAUUUAUUUAAACAAGGGGGUUCUUUGUUAUAUCGUUUGAAAGAUCCUGCUAAAGCAAAAGUAGCUAAAGGUGCAGACAAUGAAGAAAAAAUUGUAUACACAAUAAUUGAAGAAGCAGGAAAUAAGGGUAUCUGGAUUCGUGACAUAAGAUUUAAGUCCAAUCUAAUGCCAACUCAAUUAAACAAAAUUUUAAAAAGCUUGGAGACCAAAAAGUUUAUCAAAGCUGUGAAAUCAGUGGCAGCUAGCAAAAAGAAAGUAUACAUGUUGUAUAAUUUAGAACCAGACACAUCUGUAACAGGUGGUGCUUGGUACCAAGAUCAAGACUUUGAAGCAGAAUUUGUUGAUGUUCUCAAUCAACAGUGUUAUAGAUUUUUGGAGAGAAAACGAGAACAAAUAAAUUCUAGUAGAGGUGGACCAAUUAUAGCUAGAAAUAUUACAUUUGCUUCAUCCAAAGAAGUCUGGAAGUUUAUUUCUGAUUUAGGAAUAAGCAAAGUAAAGUUAUCAGUUGAAGAUCUGGAAAUGAUAUUGAACACAUUGGUUUAUGAUGGAAAAGUAGAACGUACUCUUUCAGGUGAUGGAAGUAAUUUAUACAGAGCAGUAGAACCUCUGUUAAGUCCACCAGGGUUAAUUAAAUCUACUUGUGGUAUAUGUCCUGUGAGGAAAAAUUGUUGCAAUGUUGGCGAUGUAACACCUACAAAAUGCCAGUAUAUUACAGAAUGGUUAGAGUAAUGUUUUUUAAUAAAAGUAUAUUGAUUGAAAGUA